AUGGCCUCGGCGCAUUCCAAUGGCGCUGCCGGCAUCGGCUCGUCAAACGGCGGGGAGGUCGAUAUCCUCUCCCAGAUUCACCAGGCCCUCGAGGUCGUACACGCCCCCUACUCAGCCAACGAAGCUCGGAGGGAGGCGCAAGAGUUCCUCGAAAACGUCAAGGCCGUCGACGAAGCCCCCUUCCACGGCUACACCCUGGCCUCGAACAAGUCGCAGCCCGCCGUGGUCCGACACUAUGCGCUCUCGCUUCUCGAUAAUGCCAUCAAGCACAAGUGGGCCGACUACACCACCGAACAGGCCUCGACCCUCAGGGGGUGGAUGCUGGAGCUGUGUCAGGGCAUCUCGCAAGCCGAUCCGUUGUACAUCAGAAACAAGACGGCCCAGCUCUGGGUAGAGGUGGCAAAAAGGUCGUGGGGCACCGAGUGGAUGGACAUGGACGAGCUGCUGGUUCAGCUUUGGCAGGUGCCCGACUCGGCCGUACACAAGGAGCUCGUCAUGACGGUUCUCGAGACGCUGGGCUACGAGACCUUCUUUGGCGAUGACGUCGUGGUGGCUAUGAGGCAGGGGGUCCUUUGCAAAGGUUGGACAGAAAUCACCACGCCCACCGCUGUGCUGGCCGAGGCGAUCAAGAACCGCAACCCAGCCCCCGAGCAAUGUCUCAACGGCGACAUCAACGGCAACAGCGAAGUGCGUUCCUGCGCCGUGAAGGCGCUCUCCGUCCUCAGCACGUUAAUGCCGUGCACGAUCCCCAAGGGCACGGCAGCCUCGAAAGUCGUCCCCGUCGCCUCCAGAGCGCUCGCUGCUUCCCAAGUGUCUGUCCAAAAGAUGCUGUCCUUACUUGGAAAUUAUCUUGAUCGCAAAUUCUCCGUCGUCCCCACGGGAUCAGAUAUCGAUGGUUUCCUGAAUCUUCUCGUUGUUGUAGCGCAAAGCCAGAGCCUCAUUGUGUCCAUCCCUGUGCUUGUAACGUGGACCCGUCUCCUCAACAACAGGUUAAUCGGGCAAAGCUCUGCCAACUCACAGCUCAUUGGGCCUCUGCUUGAACUGUGCGGUUCGAGGCUCAUCAGAUACGAGAACCUGCCCGAAGACACGCAAGAUGCCACCUAUCUGUUCCUCAUGGAGGACACAGACACUAUGCCCGAGAGGCAUGCUUUCCUAGGCAACUACCGUCGCUACAGUAUGCAAGUCAUUGAGGCAAUUGUCCAGCUGAAGCCGUCCGACGCCAUCUCGCACAUCCUGGGCCAAACCGAACAGGUGCUGCACCAUCUGUACGAUGGACAGCCGAGCCUGAAUGUCGCCGCAUACGCGAAGCAUUCCAUGCCUGUUCUACGCGCCGAUGCCCACUUGACCGUAAUCGAUGCGGCCAACAAGGGCUACAUGAAGUGGAGGGCCAACCCAAUUCAACGCGGCAAUCCCGAUUAUCGAUCGAGCCUCGAGGACGGCCUCGAAUCUUGGUGUCACAGGCUUCUGGAUAUGAACUUCGAGGACCCAAUGAUUCGCAAGAGAGUACUGCAAAUCCUAGUCCUCAUGUCAACAUCAGCGCUCGAUAAGAGACCUCAGUUCAUGCUGAAGGUCUUAGAGCACAUCCUAAUGACGUGGCCGGCGCCCCAGCCGGAACACCGUGCCUUUAAUGAGGCCAUCAAGGACUUCCAGUCUGAAAGCAUGUUCGAACUGCAGAGGCUAGCAUCCAAGGUCCCCGAUCAUCUGCUUGCUGUUUAUGAUCAAGUCGAGACGCGGGUCCGUGACAUGGUCACAUCGGGGACGCUCGACGAGAAGCGACAGAUUGCCUAUCAAACAUUUCUAUUCAUCAUCGUUCACCGGGCGAGCAACAUUGACCCCCAGGUCCAGAUGCAGCGAUUGGAAGGUUUUAUCGAGCCAAUCAAGGCUCAGUGGCAGAACCCCGAGCUCAAGCAAGCCCUUUCGUCAUACUCUGGCUUCUGUGAGCUGAUGGCGCUAGAUAAAGCGAAGGCCUAUCUCAGGAAUCAUGGAGCUCAUACUGUUAGCGACUGGGGCGCGUGCGAGCUGGAUGCUGAGGGCCUUGCUCUGCAGGCGGAGCUCGAAGACAGGCAAAAGAUGCUGCCCCUCCGACCGACCAAAUCUUUCCUGUCUUACUCGGUCGAAAAGCUGGAAAAGUCUUCCCAGCCCUUCCAGGCAUCAUACAGGCUCUGGAAUAACGAAGCCUUCCAGGCCAUCUUGCCUGAUCUUCUGCAAUUCCUCAGCCAUGCCCAUGCAUCGCACAACCCCGACAACUGGCCCGAAUUUCCCAAUGAGAUGGGCACUGUCGUCAAGAGGGUGCUCAGCGAUCGCUUUUGGCAGGCAGGCAUCUCGGAAGGCAGCAAAGACGAGUUCUACGCUCGCGUAACGGAUAGGAAAGGGACGUUGGAAGGACUUGCAUCGACCAUCAGAGGCUCGGUGCGGUUCGUGCGAGAGACAUGCUAUGCGAUUAUUUACUGCAUGAGCCGGCUCGAGACGUACUUUUACGGGUUUGGCGAACUGCCAAGCCCCCUCGCCGAAGCGUUGUUCCAGAACGCAGUCCACCUGUCUGCCCAUCAACAGAUCAAUCUGCUCAACCUGACGAGAUACCUGGUGGACGAUUGUCCACUGGAACAGCGCGAGCACUUCCUGCCGCCGCUCCUGGCGAAUUGCUUCCGACAGAUGGACGCGAAGAUCAGUUCCGAAUGGAAGAGGCUCGAGGACCAGCAGAAGAUUGACGUCGGAAGCGACGACCUGACCGAGGAGAUGAAGUCGGAGAGCAUCCUGCGGCAGGUCACUCACACGGCAGUCAUCAUGGUCGCCGAUUUCCUUGACCCAACGAAGCGAAACCCCGCGCCGCUGCGGCCACAGGAUCCUCCCAAACGAUACCCGACGCUGAGAAAGUUCUGUCUCAUGCACUCCAGCAUCGUCGAGCCUCUUCUUCUGUUCAGCACGCACGCUAUCCGAAUGAGAGAUGGGAGGUGCUGCAACAUUAUUCUGCGUGUCUUCCGAUCGAUCGUGCCCGACUUCCAGUCGUCCGAUGUCACAGCUGCAGGCGGCGAUGGCCACACACCACAGGACGGCGGCGCGGAUCCCUGGCUCGACACGACGGCCAUUGACCAUGAGAGGGCCACCCAGAUUCGCGAAUACAUCUCAACACAGGUGCUCGAGGCCUGCGUGACAUCCUUCCACGAGCCGUACUUUGUUGACCUGCAGAAGGAUCUCGCGUCGCUCAUCGCGGCGAUCGUGGUCCACUACAUGACGCUGACGGAUUCGCCGAAGAAUUUCCUCCUCAGCAUCCCAGGCGUCAAGUUCAAAGACUUUGAGAAGCUCGGGGAGUUUGCGCAGAAGCCCAGCUCCGGGUCGCGCCAACAGCGGGCGCUCGUGCUGCAUCUUUUGAAGGACGUCAAGGGCGUGAGCAUGGCCGAGAUGCACAAACUACCCAAGAGCGGGCUGCCGGCUGUGCAGAAGAAGCCGGCACGCAGCAAGAUGGCGCAGGAGUUUAUGACGCCUGCGGACGAGGCGGGGUCCAAGGGCCAGCCAUCGACGGGCGUCGCGGACGAUAGCCUCAUUGGGCUUGCCAACUUGUUCGACGCUGUUCGGCCCUCCCACAGGACGCUCCCCGUAUUGUAUCGCGGUUCAUCCCUUUACGAGAACGACCUCAGGUACAACGGCGGUCGAGCCGGCGCCAUGGCUCCAAAGUGCCUGAGGCCGUACUCUUGGUGGUCCUCAAGGGAUGGAGGUUGA